CUUGGCUUAAAAUCUUCUUGAGUAUUUCUUCAGAAUCAUGGUGAUGGUAAUUUAUGAUUUAGGGUAUAUUUUUUCUGUUCAACAAUAUUAAGACUAGAAUGAGUGCAGGCGUAACAGACCCCGCAAGUAUUGCGGCUUCUAUCAAUGCAGAGGGCCACCCUCUGACGGCCGGGGCCCCCGGCGAUUAUGGUUAUGACUCAGGAAGGGAGGAAUAUCUCUAUCUUGUCCCGUUGAAAAUCUCAGGCAGUAAAAGUAACAUGAGAUUUUUAUCUUGUUCUGUUGAUUUUCAUUUGCUUCUGAAGUAGCAACCCCAAGUAGUUAUAAGGUAGGUACCUCUAAUUUCCUCUCAGCGCCAAAGAGUACGAGGACAUAGUGAAGGCAUUUCAAGUCUUCGAUGACAGUGGAGAUGGCCUCAUUGACAUGGACGAGCUCGAAGAUGUCCUGCGACUACUGGGGCAAAAUUAAGGCCAGUCGUGAGUCACAAUGAAUAGUAUAAUUUAUUUGGUGCGGACUAUGGCAUAGUGCGGACGCUUUUUACAACGACUCGUUCAGCAUAGUAUGCUGAAUGAGUAGUAACUAACUACUCGGACGACUAUCAGGAAAUACAAUGGAGAAAAUUCAACUAAGGACUGCAAAAAUCCGGACAAAAUUCAAUCUUCUCGGGCAUGAUACGAAUCCGCAGAACACUCGCCGCCUACUGCGCUCCCUUCUGGAAAACCCUCACCCAAUUGCGAGCCAAGAACCUCGGGCGCCCUCCAAAUCCCCGCGCCCCUCCAGAAUCCCCCAGCAUACAUUUGCAGGCUGGUGCGGUGGACUCUGGAGGGGCGCGGGGAAUCACAUGAAACGAAACCAAAAGACAGAAAAACCAAGAGGAAGCAAGUUGCAAAAGCCGCUAAGCGGAGCACUUCCAGGACGAGGAGGCGACAAUAGUGACCGUUUUUGUGCAGUUCUUAGUUGACUUAGCGCCAUUCUAAUCAGCCAUCUGCGGAAGCACCAGAGGCACAGCGAGCACGCCACACCAUCGAAACUUAACAAAAAGAGGAGGCGCGAGCCCUUUGGAACUCAAGCGGCAACCGGUCCAGCCCUUCUUGAGAAAUGCCACGAAAUUGAAUAAACCUCUCUAUUGUUUGCCGCUUUCCUGCUCGCAAGGCCAUUUUUGGAAAAAAAUCUGAAGACAUCUUUUCACUUUUUUCAUCAAAAAUGGCCUAGCGAGCAGGAAAGCGGCAAACAAUAGAGAGGUUUAUUCAAUUCUGGCGAAACCCCCGCAAACUUCCCCGCUGAAAUACUUCAAAAGAGUGCGAACAACGCCAGCAAACCCCCCCGACAAUCUGCGCACAAACGGCGGCGCGCGUGAGUGGUCUGACCAUUUGAAGGCGGCAGCGCGUCGCUUCUCUUUGUAACUAAUCCCACCCGGCGCGAGAGCUUCGGGGCGCCGGGUGGUCAAAAGUCCAACACUUAACAACAUGAAAAGACCCAAGAACGAAGAACCUCGGGCGGAGUGUCUCAAACCUUUCCGAUUAUGGCGAAAAAUUCGACCACAGACAAGUGGAGUUAGAAUGGAGAAAAUUCAACUAAGGACUGCAAAAAUCCGGACAAAAUUCAAUCUUCUCGGGCAUGAUACGAAUCCGCAGAACACUCGCCGCCUACUGCGCUCCCUUCUGGAAAACCCUCACCCAAUUGCGAGCCAAGAACCUCGGGCGCCCUCCAAAUCCCCGCGCCCCUCCAGAAUCCCCCAGCAUACAUUUGCAGGCUGGUGCGGUGGACUCUGGAGGGGCGCGGGGAAUCACAUGAAACGAAACCAAAAGACAGAAAAACCAAGAGGAAGCAAGUUGCAAAAGCCGCUAAGCGGAGCACUUCCAGGACGAGGAGGCGACAAUAGUGACCGUUUUUGUGCAGUUCUUAGUUGACUUAGCGCCAUUCUAAUCAGCCAUCUGCGGAAGCACCAGAGGCACAGCGAGCACGCCACACCAUCGAAACUUAACAAAAAGAGGAGGCGCGAGCCCUUUGGAACUCAAGCGGCAACCGGUCCAGCCCUUCUUGAGAAAUGCCACGAAAUUGAAUAAACCUCUCUAUUGUUUGCCGCUUUCCUGCUCGCAAGGCCAUUUUUGGAAAAAAAUCUGAAGACAUCUUUUCACUUUUUUCAUCAAAAAUGGCCUAGCGAGCAGGAAAGCGGCAAACAAUAGAGAGGUUUAUUCAAUUCUGGCGAAACCCCCGCAAACUUCCCCGCUGAAAUACUUCAAAAGAGUGCGAACAACGCCAGCAAACCCCCCCGACAAUCUGCGCACAAACGGCGGCGCGCGUGAGUGGUCUGACCAUUUGAAGGCGGCAGCGCGUCGCUUCUCUUUGUAACUAAUCCCACCCGGCGCGAGAGCUUCGGGGCGCCGGGUGGUCAAAAGUCCAACACUUAACAACAUGAAAAGACCCAAGAACGAAGAACCUCGGGCGGAGUGUCUCAAACCUUUCCGAUUAUGGCGAAAAAUUCGACCACAGACAAGUGGAGUUAGAAUGGAGAAAAUUCAACUAAGGACUGCAAAAAUCCGGACAAAAUUCAAUCUUCUCGGGCAUGAUACGAAUCCGCAGAACACUCGCCGCCUACUGCGCUCCCUUCUGGAAAACCCUCACCCAAUUGCGAGCCAAGAACCUCGGGCGCCCUCCAAAUCCCCGCGCCCCUCCAGAAUCCCCCAGCAUACAUUUGCAGGCUGGUGCGGUGGACUCUGGAGGGGCGCGGGGAAUCACAUGAAACGAAACCAAAAGACAGAAAAACCAAGAGGAAGCAAGUUGCAAAAGCCGCUAAGCGGAGCACUUCCAGGACGAGGAGGCGACAAUAGUGACCGUUUUUGUGCAGUUCUUAGUUGACUUAGCGCCAUUCUAAUCAGCCAUCUGCGGAAGCACCAGAGGCACAGCGAGCACGCCACACCAUCGAAACUUAACAAAAAGAGGAGGCGCGAGCCCUUUGGAACUCAAGCGGCAACCGGUCCAGCCCUUCUUGAGAAAUGCCACGAAAUUGAAUAAACCUCUCUAUUGUUUGCCGCUUUCCUGCUCGCAAGGCCAUUUUUGGAAAAAAAUCUGAAGACAUCUUUUCACUUUUUUCAUCAAAAAUGGCCUAGCGAGCAGGAAAGCGGCAAACAAUAGAGAGGUUUAUUCAAUUCUGGCGAAACCCCCGCAAACUUCCCCGCUGAAAUACUUCAAAAGAGUGCGAACAACGCCAGCAAACCCCCCCGACAAUCUGCGCACAAACGGCGGCGCGCGUGAGUGGUCUGACCAUUUGAAGGCGGCAGCGCGUCGCUUCUCUUUGUAACUAAUCCCACCCGGCGCGAGAGCUUCGGGGCGCCGGGUGGUCAAAAGUCCAACACUUAACAACAUGAAAAGACCCAAGAACGAAGAACCUCGGGCGGAGUGUCUCAAACCUUUCCGAUUAUGGCGAAAAAUUCGACCACAGACAAGUGGAGUUAGAAUGGAGAAAAUUCAACUAAGGACUGCAAAAAUCCGGACAAAAUUCAAUCUUCUCGGGCAUGAUACGAAUCCGCAGAACACUCGCCGCCUACUGCGCUCCCUUCUGGAAAACCCUCACCCAAUUGCGAGCCAAGAACCUCGGGCGCCCUCCAAAUCCCCGCGCCCCUCCAGAAUCCCCCAGCAUACAUUUGCAGGCUGGUGCGGUGGACUCUGGAGGGGCGCGGGGAAUCACAUGAAACGAAACCAAAAGACAGAAAAACCAAGAGGAAGCAAGUUGCAAAAGCCGCUAAGCGGAGCACUUCCAGGACGAGGAGGCGACAAUAGUGACCGUUUUUGUGCAGUUCUUAGUUGACUUAGCGCCAUUCUAAUCAGCCAUCUGCGGAAGCACCAGAGGCACAGCGAGCACGCCACACCAUCGAAACUUAACAAAAAGAGGAGGCGCGAGCCCUUUGGAACUCAAGCGGCAACCGGUCCAGCCCUUCUUGAGAAAUGCCACGAAAUUGAAUAAACCUCUCUAUUGUUUGCCGCUUUCCUGCUCGCAAGGCCAUUUUUGGAAAAAAAUCUGAAGACAUCUUUUCACUUUUUUCAUCAAAAAUGGCCUAGCGAGCAGGAAAGCGGCAAACAAUAGAGAGGUUUAUUCAAUUCUGGCGAAACCCCCGCAAACUUCCCCGCUGAAAUACUUCAAAAGAGUGCGAACAACGCCAGCAAACCCCCCCGACAAUCUGCGCACAAACGGCGGCGCGCGUGAGUGGUCUGACCAUUUGAAGGCGGCAGCGCGUCGCUUCUCUUUGUAACUAAUCCCACCCGGCGCGAGAGCUUCGGGGCGCCGGGUGGUCAAAAGUCCAACACUUAACAACAUGAAAAGACCCAAGAACGAAGAACCUCGGGCGGAGUGUCUCAAACCUUUCCGAUUAUGGCGAAAAAUUCGACCACAGACAAGUGGAGUUAGAAUGGAGAAAAUUCAACUAAGGACUGCAAAAAUCCGGACAAAAUUCAAUCUUCUCGGGCAUGAUACGAAUCCGCAGAACACUCGCCGCCUACUGCGCUCCCUUCUGGAAAACCCUCACCCAAUUGCGAGCCAAGAACCUCGGGCGCCCUCCAAAUCCCCGCGCCCCUCCAGAAUCCCCCAGCAUACAUUUGCAGGCUGGUGCGGUGGACUCUGGAGGGGCGCGGGGAAUCACAUGAAACGAAACCAAAAGACAGAAAAACCAAGAGGAAGCAAGUUGCAAAAGCCGCUAAGCGGAGCACUUCCAGGACGAGGAGGCGACAAUAGUGACCGUUUUUGUGCAGUUCUUAGUUGACUUAACGCCAAUAUAUUUCAAACAUCAAAGUAGUGUCUCUUCGAACAAAAGCCGACACGAAAAGAGCUUAUUGCGGUUAUGGAUGCCUUGGACCAAGACAAGAGUGGGCAGAUAGAUUUCAGCGAGUUUCUGCCUUUUAUGGCUAAGGUAAUCCUUAUCCUUCUUAUGAUACGCAUUCAUACGCUCAGAAGCCUUAGUAGUUGAUGUUUUGAAUGAACUACUCUCACUCUAAGAUUUGAUGAACUACUCUCUGACCCUCUGUGUGUCGUGUCGUGACUGAGUGUUGUAAUUAUAUUCCAUCGUCCAAUGAAGUUUUCAAUCUCCAUUCCAUUGGGUUCUUGUCCCUUUGGGUCUGGUCUCAAUGCUGAUUUUUUGACAAAUCAGAUCGGAGACCACACAUGACCACAUGGCCUAUUCCACUCCAUGUUUCGCUCCAGGUCCUGAAGCUGCAAUCCGAGCGUUCCAUUGAGGGUAUGUUGCGAAGGAAGAAUCCACACUAUGUCCAUGGCCCUGAAGCAGAAGACCGAAAAGUGGGAGACAGGCGAAAGAUCGUCAAUUGUUAGGGCUCCUUUAUCACUAUCCCAUUUUGAUUUUUCCCAUGUGGAGUGAUCGAUGUCGUGCUGAGUGCUGAGUGGAGUCUCCUUUAAUCUAGUAAAGGGGAAACAAAGGGGGGCGCUGCAGGUCAUCAUCAUACUCAACCAGGGAUAGUGAAAAACUAGCGGUGCUAAAAUUGGGUUCCGUUUAUGUUGGGGACGUCCCUGCCGUGGGCCGUUUUCGCAUUCUUCUUUUGGCUGAACAGCUUCAACUAUGCUAUGAGUUCUUUUUGAACUGCUUCAAGUAAGUAUCAGUGCUAUUGAGAAAAUGUUCAUAUCUAGUCACGAUUCUAGCGUGUAUCGAUACGAUUUGUUGUCGUCCCACCUAGAACACAUUGUAUAAUAUUAUUACUUAAUAGGAGGUAAACUACUAGUCCUGGUCCUCAUCACCUUCCCGUUUUCAGAAAAGGUAUUGGAAGUACCCAAAUUGGAUCUGGACGAUCGACAUGGUAACGAUUUUCUUUGGCCUUUACGUGCUUUAUCGGAAUAAGCGACGGAUGCAGCUACCGACGACGUUCUUCUUAAGGCUUCUCCUGAUCUCCCUUUAUUUUCUAAUUAAAAGAUCUUACACCCCGCGAGUGGGUACAUCUAUCUAUCUAUCUAUCUAUCUGAGACGCUUGAUGAGAUUGAGAAGAUGAAGACUCAGCUUAAUCAUCGUGCAUCAUCAGAGGGGUUGCCAUCCUAGGAGAGAGCGUUUUGAAUGGGAAAUACAGGAGUUUACUCCAAGCCUUAAAGAAGGUAGAGGAGGAGGAUCAUAAGGUCGAGCUCUAAUUUCCAUUGCGUUCAUGUGCUGGGCCUACGUUCCGCUCGCCUGGCUAGCGGGCAGUUUGAACUUCUGGUCGAACCUGUAUCCGUAUUACCAGUUGCUAUGAUGUUGGUCAUCGUGGUUUUAUUCUUACAAACAACCUCGUCCUUUGAGGCACCACACACACAUGAGUCAAAAGCUAAAAAUGUUUCUUGGAUCAUGUUGGGUCUAUCAAGUAGUGCUAAGGAAGUGUUGUAUGUAGAGAUUGACCUGAUAAAGACGAUAAAUGAUGUGAAUGCUGUGCCCUACUGACCGCGACCGCCAACAUACCUCUUCUCUCCGCCAACAUACAUCUCUUCAUAUCUCUCGCAAAUGGCUGCGUACGUGAGCGUGAAUCCGUCUCGAUUACACGUGACCUCAGUGUCCAAGGAUUCCGUCACUGGUAAGCCCGUUUACACGACCUCGCAAUCCUCACGGCCUGCAGAAGGCAAGCGGUAUCAGUUAAGGCUCCUUGCCUACUGUUUUCAAUGGGAAAACGACCAAAACACUCAAAUAGAGAUGACUACUUCCAAGAUGCAUUUACAACUACAGGUUUUAGAAGUUCGUAAAAAGCUCUAAAGCAGGAUGCAGGGAAGGUGUACUUUGCUGGUAGCAGCGUCACGGUGGAUACCACCAAAGUGAUCUCAUUCAAGAAUCACGACACGUACUUCUACAGUUUGCUGAGAAGAAAGUUGAUGUCGCCUCGUAGUUCAAAAAGGAUGACACCUAGUCUUUCCUUUUCGCCAACAAUUCAACAUAAUAAUCUACUUAAUAGAUACUACAAGAACUUCCACUUCCUGUUUUACUUUGCUCUUACAGGACUACUUAUGUAUCACCACUAACACUACCUAGCAGACUGUCACCUUAACCUCAUACAUAAGGUAUUGCGCAGCGCCAAUCGUUGACAGCACAUGCACUGAAGAUUGCGGAAACGAUUUUUGGGCUGUAGGCGUGAACUGUUGCGGGGAGGAAGGAGCCUUGAAAUUCAAUUGCGAUGGAUUCAGUAUUUGUUUUUCUUGAUUCUCGAUCAAGAUCUUAACUCAAUUUGUUCAGUGUUAAAUUCAUUGCUAGGAGUAGUACAGAAAGGUAAAGAAAUAACUAAUUAGAAUCCGUGCAAAAAUAUAUCCCACUUGUUACAACGAGUAUCUUUUUUCAAACACAAACCAUCCUCUGCCUCAGCCUCAAUCUCCGCGAUUUUGUUUCCUCCACACAUCAGAAACUACCUUCGCUACCGAAAGUGAGGAAAUUGCGAUGUCGGAAAGGGAAAGAACAGGACUGCGAUGGAUCGAUGAUACGACACGCCAAAAUUUUCGAUUGGCGGUGCUCGAAGCCGAAGGAAUACACAAAAUCAAAGCCGCGCACCCGCUUUUCUUCAGCUUUUACUUAUGCAGCAUAACUGUCACUGGCUACUAAUUUCGGGUGCCUACUACUUUCUGAUUCUGCGUGAAGUAGUAAUUUAAUUUGAGUGCGUGGUAUAGAAUACUUGACAUUUAUUUUGAUUCGUCAAGCAUCAAUAUUAAGAAUACAACAGUAUCAGCAUCAAAUAGAAACACAUCAGGACGAAUGAAAUGUGCUAAUUCAACUGCAGAUUAUGAUUCGCCACCAAGUAUUCUAUACCACUAGCACAUGGAAGUUGAAUUAGAAGCGCAUUGACGUAAUUCUCCUUCCCCACGUCUCCCUCUCUCCACUUUCAUCUCCUCAGGAUGGACGCAGUCCGGAUGGUGUGCUGAGUGCAUACGCGCAGGCGGGUCUCGAGGUGACGUUGGGGCUCUACUUCCUGGUGUUUUGUAUGAACAUCCUGAUCAUGAUGUAUCUCGCCAAGCGACUCAUCACGACGAAAGCACCAACUUUGGACGAUUUUUAACAUUCUAGCUUGCUAGAAGUACAGAGGUCCUGUUGUAACCUGUAGUCGUAGACUAGUAGAUGACGUAAUUAUAUUUAGCGGAUUCCACAGAUAAGAACCAAUAAGAGAAAGAGUAUACUUAGUCUUGUCAAAUAAAAUGUCCUUGUACAACAUAUUAGUACUCAGAGGUUAUCUCAAUCUCGAAAUCGAGUCACUGUUUGCUGUCCGUAAGAACUUCAGUCCAGAAGAAAUCCUAGAACAAAGGCGACCCGCAGUUGAAUCCUGGUCUUGUCUCAUCUGAAGCAACUGCUAGCUGAAUGAUAAAAAAAUGUGCUGAAUGCAUACUAGACCACUAUUUCCUACAUUUUUCAGGUAAGUCUUUUUUCCAUAUCUAUCUUAUCAGAAAA